AUGGCGGUCUCCACGGUGUCGGUGAUGGAAUCAACCAUGGCAUUCAUGAAAGGAUUCCCUCCCUUCCCAACUGUCAUGGACAUCAACCAGAUCCGUGACAUCCUGCCACAUAGGUUCCCGUUCCUUCUGGUUGACAGAGUUAUUGAUUACAAACCAGGAGAAUAUGCUGUUGCAAUCAAGAAUGUGACAAUAAAUGAUAACUUCUUCCCAGGGCAUUUCCCUGAACGACCCAUAAUGCCUGGUGUUCUCAUGGUUGAGGCAAUGGCCCAGAUUGGUGGAAUAGUGAUGUUGCAGCCUGAAGUAGGUGGAUCUCGAGAGAACUUCUUUUUUGCGGGGAUUGAUAAAGUAAGGUUUCGGAAGCCUGUGAUUGCUGGAGACACCUUGAUCAUGAGAAUGACUCUGAUCAAGCUGCAGAAGAGAUUUGGAAUUGCAAAGAUGGAAGGGAAAGCUUACGUUGGUGCCGACCUAGUAUGCGAAGGAGAGUUAUUGAUGGCUACUGGAUCAGAGUGA